AUGUCGGCCGGCCGAAAAAUUUUUCGCUGCGUCGUUGACGAUACCGCCCUUACUACUAAUAUCAGCGAAAUCAAGAAAUGGACUUCAUCCGGCGCCAUCACUCUCAUCGUUCCACUCUACACCCUUGAACGUCUCCGGGCUUUGAAGCGAUCUGGCUCUCAGAUCGGCAUGAAUGCCAGGGAAGCCGUUCGCUUCCUCGAUCGGGUCACAUCUGGCAAACAUGAGAUCCCAUCCUCGAGGAUUGCACUUCAGGGUCCUAUGGAGCUGUUCGAAACAUGGGAAGCAGCAGAAAAGUACUUUCUUCCAGAAUUCGAAGAGGACGUUGAAGAUCACUCGGAGGGUGAUGCCGACAGCGAUGAAAAGGCUCCACACAAGGACAUGAAGAACGGAGAGGCCGAAACCGAGCAUACGGAGACUGCAAAUCCUAAUGAGAUGUCACAAUUGCUCCUAAGCAAACUUAAUUUCAAGAAGGAACCUGACGCGGUGUCCGUAAUUUCUGGCGGGACUGGCAGCAAUGCUGCGUCCCUUGUCUCGGGAAGUUCGCACACAAGUCCCAAAUACAUGGCUGCUAAUCUUGCUGCGGCUCCUUCGCCUAAAUCGAAUGUCAAGGGCUCCGUAAAUUCACACCGCCGCUCUGCCUCUGGAUCUGUUAUCCCGUCAGUGCCAGCGACCAUCAAACCACUACUUAGUGCAGUCCUCUGGCGCCUACACUGCCAACCUGGCGCAACGCCAGGGACAUGGGCCCAGAAAUUUGGCAUUACCACAAAAAAUAUCCACCAGUUGCGUACCGCCAUCAUCUACGAGGAAAAAGAGUUCAAAAACCACUGCAAAUACAUUGAAAGGAACCAAUCUGUGGAACCCGAGCGGCUACUUUCAUACGAGGACGAGAGUGAUGAGGACGUGCUUGUAUUUGUUCCCCGUGGGCCAGGGAAAUCCGCCUCUCGUGGCACAACAAUUAAACGCCCAGCCACUCAUAAAUCAGCUGCGAGUAAUCGGGUUGCUAGUACCAAUAUGAAUGGUGGUAACGUCAAAACAAAAAGUCAAAUCACUCCUGAGGCGAUUGUUGAAGUUCCGUCAACUCCCAUCGACCCUAAUUCAUUUAGUCGCAAUUUUGGCACUACGAGGACGAGCCCCCCGGCGGAAAUCACUUCCUCAAACGAAAGUCUUCCGCGAGCAUUUUCUGGUUCCAGCCCGCGCGGGCAGCGCCGUGGAGCUCCUCGCGGCAUCCCGCUUCGCGGCUCGACUCGAGGCCGUGGCAAACUUUGGGUCCCUUGA